CAAUGGACGAAAUACUUACCUUUGGAGGAAGGGACGACCCCAAUAAUGUGAGGGGCAAGCAACGAUCAACGACGCUUCAGGUCGAGCUUUCCCUGGCGCUGGGAGUCUUCGCUUUUCUAGCAUUCUGCGUGUUGCGGCCGCGAUGGAGCGGUCUCUACGCAGCCAGGAAGAAGGCAAAAGACCAGGGCUCUGCUCUGCCCGAACUGUCCAACAACCUCUUUGGAUGGAUGCUACCGCUCUGGCGUAUUACUGAACAACAAGUGCUUGCCUCGGCCGGCCUCGACGCCUACGUCUUUCUCCGCUUCUUUAAGCUGGCCAUCAAGUUCCUGUCCAUCACCCUGUUCUUCUCGCUCGUCGUCAUCAAACCCGUCCACGACAGUUAUCCUGACGACGACAAGAAACAAAAGAACUCGACUUUGCCCUUCGUACCCGACUACGACUUCGACUACGAGCUACGCAAANGAAGCGAAUCAUGGACACCCCUGAACCACUCUGCUCCAUGGAUGCCCGAAGUCGAGACGGACUAUUUGUGGAUGUAUCCAGUCUUUGCCUACGUCUUCACCGGCAUCGCCCUGUAUCUCAUCACCUCUGAGACACGCAAUAUCAUCGAAGUACGCCAAGAGUACCUAGGUACUCAGACCACAAUCACCGACCGCACCAUCCGUCUAUCCGGCAUUCCACCAGAGUUGCAGUCCGAAGACAAGAUUAAGGAUUUCAUUCAAGAGUUGGGCAUUGGAAAUGUCGAGACUGUCCUGAUGUGCCGCCAAUGGGCUGAGCUAGACAAGUACAUCGUCAAGAGAAACGACCUUCUGCGUCGUCUCGAAGAGGCUUAUACCGUCUACCAAGGUCACCGUUCAAUCGAGCGAAACUUGGAGGCCUUGCCGAUUGCCCAGCCUGUACCUCCAGGCCCUUCGGUCAACCCUGAAGACGAAGAGCACGAUGAUGAUGAACACCGUCGCCUGCUCCGCUCCGACGAUGCCAUGCCCGCUCAGACCNCCUAUGCUAGAGUUCGUCCCAAGGCAAAGAUCUACUUCGGACGCUUCAACUUGCGUAGCCGUCAAGUAGAUGCUAUCGACUACUACGAAGAGAAGCUCCGUGUAUGUGAUGACGAGAUCAGGGAGUUGCGCUCCAAGACGUUCGAGCCGGUUCCCCUGGCAUUUGUCACGAUGGACAGCGUUGCUGCCUGUCAAAUGGCUUGUCAAGCUGUCCUCGACCCCUCGCCGUUGCAGCUGCUGGCCAAUCCCAGCCCCGCGCCCGCCGACAUUGUCUGGUCGAACACUUAUCUUAGCAGGAGAAGUCGCAUGUUCCGCUCGUGGUCUAUCACCGCUUUCAUCCUGCUGCUGACCGUCUUCUGGUCCGUAACCUUUGUCCCAAUCGCCACCUUCCUGAACACCGACACCAUUCGCGAGUUUCUUCCAUCUCUGGCCGAAGUUCUCGACUCGCACCCCUUGGUCCGUUCUCUCGUCACCAAUCAGCUUCCUACCAUCGCCGUCACUUUGCUCAACGCCAUUGUACCCUACCUGUACGACUGGCUCUCCAAUUGCCAAGGUAUGACCUCGCAAGGCGACGUUGAACUCUCGGUCAUCUCCAAGAACUUCUUCUUUACCUUCUUCAACUUCUUCAUUGUCUUCACCAUUCUCGGCACGGCUUCGAAUUUCUAUGACCAGUACAAAGAUAUUGGCAAGAACCUCAGAGACACAACAAGAUUUGCAUGGACCCUUGCGUCGUCAUUGCAGAAUUUGCUUCCUNUUUACACCAACUUCAUCAUCCUCCAAGGUCUUGGUCUGUUUCCUUUUAGGCUCUUAGAAAUCGGAACCAUGGCUCUUUACCCUAUCGGUCUGAUGGGAGCCAAGACCCCCAGAGACUAUGCCGAACUCAUUCAACCCCCUCGCUUCAGUUACGGCCUUUACCUCCCUCAGACUAUUCUUAUCUUCAUCAUCUGCGUUGUGUACAGCGUCCUACGAGACAGCUGGAAGGUCAUCCUUUCUGGCCUGAUAUACUUUGUCAUCGGAAGUUUUGUAUACAAGUACCAGCUUCUCUAUGCCAUGGACCAUCGCCAACACUCUACUGGUAAGAGCUGGAGCAUGAUUUGCGAUCGUGUGCAGAUUGGCAUCAUCCUCUUCCAGAUAACGGUCGGCGGUCAGCUCGCUCUCAAAAAGGCUUUGUUGAGGAGCAUCAUGCUAGUUCCUCUUGUCGUCGGCAGCGUCUGGUUCUUCCUCGUGUUUGGAAGAACCUACAAACCUUUGAUGAAAUUCAUCGCUCUGAAGAGUGUCAGAAGAGCAGAACAUGCCGACUAUGCAUCAGCAGAACAACACGGAGUUGACUCCGACAACCAUCACCGCUAUCAGCAAGAGUCCAAUCAUGGACAGACGGUUGACGAGUCGAGAGAGAGUGGCAUGCGUUUCAUCAACCCCAGUCUUGUAUCUCCGCUGGAUAAGGUGUGGAUCGCAGAUAGCAUGCACAAGCGCGGCACUCAAGGCAACCACGGAGUUGAGUCCGCG